AUGUCUCACCACAAGAAACGUGUUUACCCACAGGCUCAACUCCAAUAUGGACAGAAUGCCACCCCUCUACAGCAGCCAGCUCAAUUCAUGCCUCCCCAGGAUACGGCAGCAGCCGGGAUGAACUAUGCGCAAAUGGGAAUGCCAUCGCAAGCUGCAAUGCCACCCAUGGGUCAACAACAGUUCUUAACCCCUGCUCAAGAACAGUUACAUCAGCAAAUCGACCAAGCCGCAACUUCUAUGAACGAUAUGCAUCUACACAAUGUACCCCUAGUCGACCCGAAUGCUUAUAUGCAGCCGCAAGUCCCUGUGCAAAUGGGAACGCCCUUGCAACAACAGCAGCAGCAACAACCACUAUCAACACCUGCCUAUGGUCAAUCUAGCGCCACAAUGGGCCAAAACAUGAGACCCAUGAACCAGUUGUAUCCGAUCGAUCUAUUGACGGAAUUGCCACCUCCAAUCAACGAUUUAACUCUGCCCCCCCCACCUUUGGUUAUUCCUCCGGAGAAGAUGUUGGUUCCGUCGGAAUUGUCGAACGCGUCUCCAGAUUACAUCAGAUCGACUUUGAAUGCUGUUCCCAAAAACAGCUCCUUGUUGAAGAAGUCUAAGCUACCAUUUGGGUUAGUUAUAAGACCAUACCAACACUUGUACGAUGACAUUGACCCUCCUCCAUUAAAUGAAGACGGGUUAAUUGUCCGUUGUCGUCGUUGUCGUUCUUACAUGAACCCUUUUGUCACCUUCAUUGAGCAAGGUAGAAGAUGGAGAUGUAACUUUUGUCGCUUGGCCAAUGAUGUUCCAAUGCAAAUGGACCAGAGCGAUCCGAAUGACCCAAAGAGUAGAUACGACAGAAGCGAAAUCAAAUGUGCUGUCAUGGAGUACAUGGCACCCAAGGAAUAUACUCUAAGGCAACCACCUCCAGCCACCUACUGUUUUCUGAUCGAUGUAUCCCAGUCAUCCAUCAAAAGCGGGUUGUUAGCCACUACCAUCAACACUCUUCUUCAGAAUCUGGAUUCCAUUCCCAACCACGACGAAAGAACCAGGAUCUCUAUUUUAUGUGUGGACAACGCCAUUCACUACUUCAAAAUCCCAUUGGAUUCUGAAAGUAACGAAGAAUCUACCGAUCAAAUCAAUAUGAUGGACAUUGCGGACUUGGAGGAACCUUUCUUGCCAAGACCUAACUCCAUGGUCGUAUCCUUGAAGGCAUGCAGAAAAAACAUUGAAACUUUGUUGACCAAGAUUCCUCUAAUCUUUCAGUCUAAUUUGAUCACUAGCUUUGCGUUGGGCCCUGCUUUGAAAUCAGCUUACCACUUAAUUGGUGGUGUCGGUGGCAAAAUAAUCGUCAUAUCAGGUACUUUACCCAACUUAGGCAUAGGGAAACUGCAAAGAAGAAACGAAAGCGGUGUUGUUAAUACAUCAAAAGAAACAGCCCAAUUACUUUCCUGUCAAGACUCAUUUUAUAAAAACUUCACCAUUGACUGUUCUAAAGUCCAAAUCACUGUGGAUUUAUUCUUGGCUUCCGAAGAAUACAUGGAUGUUGCAUCAUUGUCCAAUUUGAGUCGUUUCACUGCUGGUCAAACCCAUUUCUAUCCUGGUUUCUCUGGCAAAAAUCCAAAUGAUAUUGUCAAGUUUUCUACUGAGUUUGCCAAGCAUAUCUCCAUGGAUUUCUGUAUGGAAACUGUCAUGAGGGCGCGUGGUUCCACAGGUUUAAGAAUGACUAGAUUUUAUGGCCACUUUUUUAAUAGGUCCUCCGAUUUAUGUGCAUUUUCCACCAUGCCAAGAGAUCAAUCAUACUUGUUUGAAGUUAAUGUUGAUGAAUCCAUUAUGGCCGACUACUGUUAUAUUCAGGUAGCUGUACUUUUAUCUUUGAAUAAUAGUCAACGUAGAAUUAGAAUUAUAACUUUAGCAAUGCCAACCACAGAAUCAUUGGCCGAAGUAUAUGCAUCGGCUGACCAAUUGGCCAUUGCCUCAUUCUAUAACUCAAAGGCAGUGGAAAAAGCAUUGAAUUCCAGUUUGGACGAGGCAAGAGUCUUGAUUAAUAAAUCCGUUCAAGAUAUACUAGCCACAUACAAGAAGGAAAUUGUAGUAUCCAACACUGCAGGUGGGGCUCCACUAAGAUUAUGUGCCAACUUGAGAAUGUUCCCAUUGCUAAUGCAUUCUUUGACAAAGCAUAUGGCAUUUAGAUCUGGUAUUGUCCCAAGUGAUCAUCGUGCCUCUGCCUUGAACAAUCUAGAAUCACUACCAUUGAAAUACUUAAUCAAGAACAUCUAUCCUGAUGUCUAUUCAUUGCAUGAUAUGGCUGAUGAAGCUGGGCUACCAGUACAAACUGAAGAUGGUGAAGCCACUGGUACAGUGGUUUUGCCUCAACCCAUCAACGCUACCUCUUCAUUGUUUGAAAGAUACGGUCUAUACUUGAUUGAUAACGGCAAUGAAUUGUUUUUAUGGAUGGGUGGUGAUGCUGUUCCAGCAUUAGUGUUCGAUGUGUUCGGCACUCAGGAUAUCUUCGACAUUCCAAUUGGCAAACAAGAAAUACCUGUUGUGGAAAAUUCUGAAUUCAACCAAAGAGUAAGAAACAUUAUUAACCAACUAAGAAAUCAUGACGAUAUCAUCACUUACCAAUCAUUGUAUAUUGUCAGGGGUGCUUCUUUGAGUGAACCUGUUAACCAUGCAUCUGCUAGGGAAGUGGCAACACUGAGACUAUGGGCUUCGAGUACCUUAGUAGAGGAUAAGAUUUUGAAUAACGAAAGUUACAGAGAAUUCUUACAAAUUAUGAAAGCUAGAAUUAGUAAAUGA